UAUUGAUUUUGUCUUCCAGAAUAAAAAUAUUUUGGAAGAUAAAAGUAAUUCAUUAAAAAAUAAAACGCUUCGGCAGGGAAAAUGGAAAAUAAUUGCCAACAUUAUUUCAUCAAGAGGCGUUGCGCGCGAUUAGAAAGAUAUACGUGAUGCUUAUCAACGCUGGAAGAUGCAAGCCAAAAAAAGUUAUGCGGCACAUAAAAGAUCACUAUGUGCUACUGGUGGUGGUUCAUAUGAUUCAGAGUUUACUCGAUCCAUUAGAUGAUAUGUUGAGGCAAAUCACACCAGAAGAUUUUGAGAAAGACAAAAACAGAUUCGACUCCGAUGCAAUGAGACCAGCUUACAAUGAGCAAAAAAGAGUACUAAAUGAAGAAAAUUAUUUGUUGGAUCCUGUUACAAGAGAACUGAUAUCUGAAGACGCAUCUGCGAGACAAGAAGUAGAGCAGACCAACAAUGAUCAAUCUGAUUCUUAACCUACUACAGAU